GACAUUGCUUGGAAAUUGCUUUCAGUUUUGAUUUAUAUCUUUGCUUGUGAAUUAAAUAAAAAUUGUUGUUAUAAAUUUUGUAAUUGAAAAUUUCAUAAAUUGUUUUUUAUAUAAUAUUGACUAAAUAUUUCGAAACUAUUAAGGCAGAAGAAGAAAACACGGAAAAUCGGAAAAUAUAGAAUUUGCAAGGAGGCGUCACAGAUCAACAAUCAACACAAAAUUCAAAAAGAAAAAAAAAAUCACAACACAAAAUAGUUAAAUCCACAAUAUCAUUAUUGCUGUGGAAAAGUAAAAUUUAUUUCACAUUUUCAAAUACUCAAAACGGUGUCCAACCAUGUCCAACGGCGCUCUGCCAAAGAUCAAAACAUCCAAAUCAUCGCUGAAGAGCAGCGAAUUGCGCGAAGAGGCGAAAGUACAGAACUCCAAUAGUGACUUUUCAUUUGAGCUAAAACCGAAACCGAAAUUGACUUGCAUACCCGAGAAUUGUAGUCAAUUCUUUAGCGAUUUGAGUCAACCGUUUUGCAGAAAAACACAAUCGCUCAAUGUGUCCAAGAAGACGGAGGUGCCGGAGAAAUCGUGGUCCGUUUUGUUCAUCGGUUCGAAGAGUAAUCUACACAACAAAAAUCUCAUUAUGUAAAUCAAAGGCGUGGGAAGGGAAAUGUCAGGCUGGAAAAAACAAAACAAAAUUUCGACUAUCGCACUUGAGCGCCUCUACGUGAAUUCUGGUAUCAAAGGAACAAUUUUUAUUCUUACAUUCAAAUGACCGCUUGUGAUAUGCAAAAUUAUUAAAAUAAGAUUUAAUAGAUUUGAGACGAAAA